UAGUUUAAUUUUUGGUUGCGCGGUUUAAUUUAGAGUUUACAAAUAUAUCUUUAAUUUAGGUAUACGUAUAUUAAAAGCUGUGAUAUCAAGAAAUUAUUCGAUAUUAUGGAGUUCGAUGACGAUAUAUCCACCUACAUAAAUAGUUUAAAAGAUAUGAUAUUAGAUGAAGAUAAAUUAGUUACAUAUUUAUCUCUAAGUAAAGAUCUUUGUAUUCAUGUUAACAAGAGCAAAACUUUACUUUCAUCAUUUCUUAAAAAUAUAAGAAAUGAUAAACCUAACGUUAAAUUUAAUGUUAACUAUUUGGUAUCAGGUCUUAUUGACAAUAACACUGCAAAAGUAACUCUAUGUAACGAGGAUACAUUGGAUGAUAUUAGAAAGACUUUUACAACCAUAUUUUAUAGUCACAUUUACAGCAUUAAUAAAGGAAACCCAAAUAUUGACCAGACAGCAUACGUAAAUAUUAAUAAGUAUGAUGAUUUCAAUCUUUGUUCUGGUAUAAUUAAGAACAACAAUAAUAAACGGUCAUCAAAUGAAAUUAGUACACUUAAAUCCAGUAGUCAGGAUAAAAUAAAUACAAAACCUAAUAUAUCUAAUGUAAGUGAUACUAAGAAAUUGGCUUUGAAGAAUGGAAUAACACAUAAACAAGUCAAAUGUGAACCUGACAUUGAAGAAGCAGUUAAAAAAGGGAUUCCACCAUUACUAAAUGAAGAUACCAGGACUAAACAAAAUAAAAAUACAUCCAAAGGUAUAUCUGGCUUUUUUAAUAAACAAAAUGGAAAUGUGAAAAAGAAAAUAUCACAGGAUAAAUCUGUUGAAAACAUAAUACCAAAAGAGGAGAAAGAUGUUGUUAAAAGAGAUAAAGAUGAGGAAAAAAUGGAAGUUGAAGAGGAUAACAUAUUUGAUAAAAAUUUGGAAAAUAAGAUAAAAAAAGAAAAUGGUUACAAUGAAAAUAAAGUUUUGAAUCACAUAAAAAAAAACUCAAAAGUGGAUAGAAAACGCAAAAGACUUCUGCAUGUAUCAGAUACUGAGAGUGAGGAAGAUCAGGAUACAGUUUUAGGUGAAAAUUCUGCUGCUACAGUUCAGGAAUCUGAUGACGAAAUUCCUGGCACUCCAGUAGCAAACAUUAAAAUUACUAAUGGUAUAGUCAAUGCAAAGAAAAAGCGAAAGAUAGUAGACAAAACCUAUAUGGGUGAUGAUGGUUAUAUUCACACAAAGAGAGAAGAAAUCUAUGAAAGUUGUUCAGACACUGAAAAGGAAUCCCCAAAAAAAGAAAUUAAAAAAGCUUCCCCUAAAGAAAGUCCUAUUAAAGCGAAAACAUCAAAAAAGAAAAUAUCUCCACCACAAAAGGGAAAACAACAAACUCUUAUGAACUUUUUUAAGAAAAAAUAACCAAUAUUUAUAUUGUUGUUGUAUUAGUAAUAAUAUUAAGUUUCUUGUUUUAUAAAUUAUGGUCAAAUAUUCAAUAUUCUGCAAGUGGUGUUAUCAUGUUAAUAGAUUUGACUAUUGUAAUAUUAAAAAAGUGUUUAACAGAGAGAUUGUUUUAUCAUGUUCCAGUGUUUAUAUUGGCAAAUAUUAUCUCUGUUAUUUCCAUUUAAGUAAGAUUUUUGUAAUAAAUGAGAAAGAAUAAAUGUUUUGAAACAAU